AAACUUUUACACAUGAAAAACAAAUCAUGAUGUUCUGAAAAUCAAACAAGACUGUAAUUCGAUUUGAUGCAGAAGUCAACAGAUGAAAAUGGUGAAUUAGGGAUGGGAAGUAUCAGGGAACAGUGUUUUGCCUUCCGGUUUUACCUCCAAAAUGGACAGCUUUAUUCACCUUCUCUCUCUACAACCAUGGCGGUUUCUCUCACCUUAACUCCCCGAAACCCCCUUUUCGUUUCAUAUUUCUAAGUCAACAUGGCUGCAAUUGUCACCGGAGAUCGGUAUUUGGAAUCGUUAGUGAAGUUCGUGGAGAAGCAGGUUGGUCCCUUGAUCGAAGGAACCCUUGUCCUGAAGCUGAAUCCGGUUGGCCUUCACUAUGUUCAAUCCAGACUCGAAUCAUUGGCCGAGCUUGAGAGGCUUCUCGCCGGAGCUCCUGUUGAUUACCUCCGUGCAUACGUUUCGGACCUCGGCGAUCACAGGGCGCUUGAACAGCUCCGACGGAUCCUCCGGAUACUUACAUCACUUAAAGUCAUAUCUGUGUUGCCACCGCCCUCAAGCAGAGACCCCACGCCUGUCUGUUUGCUGCCCUUUGGUCGUUUGAAGGUUCUUGAACUUCGUGGAUGCGAUCUCUCCACCUCCGCUGCUCGAGGGCUUCUUGAACUUAGGCACACGCUGGAAAAGAUUAUUUGUCACAAUUCAACUGUGAACCAGGAUGCGCUUAGACAUGUUUUUGCUAGUAGGAUUGCUGAGAUAGAGGACUCUCCUCAGUGGAAGCGAUUAUCAUUUGUUUCUUGUGCUUAUAAUGGCUUGGUAUUAAUGGAUGAUUCCUUGAGACUCCUGCCUGUUGUUGAAACUCUUGAUCUAAGUAGGAACAAGUUUGCUAAAGUGGAUAAUCUUUGGAGAUGUAGCAAGUUGAAGCACCUGGACCUUGGUUUUAAUCAACUCAGAACCAUUACAUCAUUUAGUAAGGUCUCAUGUCAAAUUGUGAAACUAGUGUUGAGGAACAAUGCUCUUACUACUAUGCGUGGGGUGGAGAAUCUAAAAUCACUCGAGGGGCUUGAUCUUUCUUACAAUAUUAUUUCCAACUUUUCGGAGCUGGAACUCCUAGCUGGUCUUCCGUCACUACGAAGUUUGUGGUUAGAAGGAAAUCCAGUAUGUUCUGCCAACUGGUACAGACCACAAGUCUAUAGUUUCUUCUCUGAUCCUGAUAAGUGUUUUCUUUUAUGUAUAACAUUAAAGCUGAUUCUGGAUGGCAAAAAGAUCUCAACUAGAGAGGGCUGGAAGCGACAGAUUAUCAUUGCCAGUAGGCAUAAGCAGCCAGCUAGCUUUGGGUUUUAUUCCCCAGCCAAAUAUGAGGCUGAGGCUGAGGGAGAGGGGAGCGUUAACACAAAAAUGAAGAAGCUAUCUCGUGUUGCCAGUAUUGACAGUGAAGCAGCGAGCAUAAUUGUAUAUUCUGAUAAUGACUCGGGUGACGAUGAGGAUCGGAUCAAACAGGAGAUUACUGAUUCAAAUAAGGGAGCUGAAAUAGUUGAUUUCAUUAACAAACUUGAGUUCAUGAAAAGGGAGCGUUCUGAUUCAUGGCUGGAGGAGUUUCAACGGUGGAUGAAUCAUGUUUCUGAUGAUCAUGUAAAGAGUGAUGAUAUGCAGAGUGGGCUUGCCUUGAUUCUCGGCAAAGAAAAGGAUUCUAGAAAGAAGAGAAGGCUAAAGCAUUUUGGUAAAACAUCAAGAUAUGUAUCUCGUUCUGCUGAAGUUUUUGUUGAAGGGCAUGGUAUGGAAGUUCCAGAAUCUUAUUACGCAUAUGAUGAUUUGUCUACCGAUACUGUAUCACAGCAGUACCCUAAUGAAGUUGGCGAAUCAGCCUCAAGUUAUCUUCUGAACCUUGCUCACGAAGACGGAUCUAUUUCAAAUCAUAUGAAACUGAAAUCCCAUUAUGAUAAAGGGGUUGAUUCCACUAGAAGUAUGAAGUUUGGAGAGGAGGGGACAUAUUCAAACAAUGGUAGCAAGGUUGAAAUGACUAGUUCAAACAGUAGUUUUGUGCCUUUGGACACUCUGGAUGAUAUUAUUGAGGCUCGUUCACCCUCAGCUUAUGCAGGAUCACCUCCUCAUUAUCAAGAGGACAUUCUGCAUCGUCGCCACAACUUGGAGGAAGAAUUUCUUCAGCUAUCGGCUGAGUCAUAUUCAGUGGCAUCGUCUGAUAGCCAUACCAGUGACAGCGGAGAUGAUUCUUUUGAAAUUGGAUCACGUAUACAUAAUAAUGAAUCAACAGCUGAUGAUCUUUCAAGAAGUAUGGAUAACCUAUCAUUUAUCCCUUCUGAAGAUUUACACUCCAACAGAAUGCUUGAUGUGGCUCAGUUUACAAAAAAUGGCUCAUGUUCACUGUCUCCUUUCACUAUGAACACCUUCAAUACAGAACUUAGGGAUUCUGAACAAUUAGGCAACAAUUAUGAAGGAAGUCUGCAUGAUGGGGAAAUAGUCGGUCUUGUGAAGCAAGAAGCAAAUUGGUUGGAGAAGAAAAUGCGCAAAAGAAAACCGAAGCCAAGAGUUAUUUCAUUAACAGAGAAGGUGACACAUACAGAUGACAUUAAUGAUUCUGUUGUAAGAAAAUCGUCACAUAAAUUGAACUACAGUGCAAAUGAUGUACAGGAGGCCUGUAGACGAGAGGCUGGCAUGAAUGAUUUCCAGAUGUUGGUUUCCGGGAUACACUCCAUCACUGCAAAAGGGGAGAUUCUUCCUGAAAAGAAUCUAUCAGGCCCUGGGACUGAAGAAUUCAUCUUAAAGAACGUCAAAGUAGAUCUUGCAGAUUUUGGGGUUCAGGAAACAUGUAGGCAAUGUGUGUGUUGCAAUUGUUUGCUUGAGGAGCCAUCCGGGUGCAGUAAAAGUGGCGUGUCGUUAUUACUGAGCUCUGAACACAAGUUGUAUGUUCUGCUCCUCAAUGGCCAACAUGAUGGGUCAGGAUAUAUCCCAAGUCUAGUAGGUUGCCUCGGGAAUGAAGAUGUGAAAGAGGUUUUAGUAGGUUUAGGACUUCAAGCAGUGAGGGUGUACACUACACGAGGGGCAAGAUAUAUGUUCAUAACUAGGAGUAUAGAGAAAUCAAGGCUGCUUAUAUCUGUACUGGAACUCUUUCAUUCAAAUGCCAAGAAGACCGGGUUUCCUCUGCUAAGUUUGGAUAAGAUCCAGGUUGCUUUGUUUGAGAGAGAUGUAUGUGGGGGAUCAAAAACAAACAUCCUUCAAUAUACCAUGGUGUUAUUUUGGAACAGCAACUUUGGAGAGGGUGUAUGGUUUUCGAGAUCGUUGUUUGUUCUUGGAGGGCAUAUGCUGGUGUGCAUCGAGGACGUCUUGCAGUUUGGUUUUGAUUCUCAGGAUACAUUCACUCCGUAUUUCUCACUUGAUACAUGCUGUUCUAUUGUCGAUGCAUUCGAAAUGGUGAUAGACGCGAAGGAUGGAUGUGUGACAUUAGCUCUCAAAUCCGUUGCAUCAGAGUUCAUCCCUUGGGACGUAUCUGAACGUGGGUCCCGGAGUGUUGCAGCUAUGAUUUGGAAGCUGAGGUGGUUCAGUGAAGAUGAUCUAUGCAAAUUUGUUGCAUUAGUGAAAGCACUUCAUGCUGGAUUUGGAUCGUCAUCUCCUUUAAUCGUACGAUACGCAUCUUAAAUCAGGUACUUUUAUCUGUUCUUUCUCGAGUACGAUUUAGAUUGGUAUUUUUUCAUCAUUCAUUUCAUUCGUUCGCUUCCCUUUUGCGUCUUUGAUUAUAGUUUGCGUUUCCUUGAACAUAUAUAGUCGUUGCUAGGUGCUGUUGUUUUGUACAGAAUAAUAGCGGUUGAAAAUGAUCUCAUGCUUCUUUUCGUUCCAAUCUUUCGA